AUGACAUCAUGUCGUGCGUGCAUGAGCUUAUCGACAGAACAGUCAACCGCUCCGCUAUCUCCAGGGCCAAUAUUAUAUGUGCAUAAUACGCAACACUCUGGUCAUUUCAGCAGAUGGCAAUCUUACGGAUGCAGGAUGGUGCACAGCGCUCACUCUUCCUCGAACAAUCAAGAACGGAUUCAUCGAGUCCGUUCUGUCCGCGAGGGUCCCUGGCGCCGCGCUAAGCGUCAUGACAGAACUGAAUUCCAUGAUAUCCCUGCAUCCAUAAAACAUCCAAGAACUAACCACCAACCCAACCCACCCAAAGUGAUGUGGGUUCCAGAGACCAAAAAAUAUGUUCGCCGAGUUCUGUCAAUCGCGAAUGUCGAGACGAUUCAACAGACUCCUUCCAAACGCAGAGGGAUCCUCCGCUGCAGUCUCGCCAGGCAACCCCUGGGGUUGAGGGAGAUGUCAAGUUCCGAUGCUCCCGCAGGUGUCAGAGUCUGCACUCCGAGCGGAGAUCAGAUAGCGGUUACAAAGGUUCGUGUCCCAUCACUUGGUAUGCACGUGGGUCCCGGGCUUUCCUUGCGCUUGAAGUCGGGAAAGAGGCAUGCCCACACUCUCCCGUCAACUCUCGAUGCCAGGAGGGAUUGA